AUGGGCCUCUGUUUCUGUAACCGGCACUCCAUGGGCCUCUCGCCCGAUGCCGAGCAGCGCCAUCCGCUGCCGCUGUCUCUGUCCUCCCUGCCGGCUGCGCCGCGGCCCGCCAAGCUGGCCCGGCCGGUCCUUUCUGAGACAACCUUUCCUGUCCCACCGAGCACCCCUCCACCACCUCGUGCGUCAUCCCGUCUGCAUGCUGCACUCUCGCCGCGUCGGGGGGCCGGCCGCUGCCCCAUCCCCAAGAUUCCAGACUUUGAAGGCCUUGCCGACAGCGAAACCGACAGCGAUGACGAGCUUUUGAGCCACGCACGGAUGAGGGCCGCUGGCCUGGGUGCCACGCCCGUCCCCAGCACGCCGGUCAAUUUGGGCUCUGGAGGUGCUUCUGGCGGCGUUGGUGGCUCAGACGGCGCAGGCAUGAGCCCGCUCACCAGCCUCAUCAGCCGCAUUGGCAUCAUUGGACGGACCCCGCCCGCCCGGACUGCCAAUCAGGGUCGCACACCCGAGUCUUCGUGCAGCACCGACGAUCUCAUCGCGGCCGCACGCCGUGCUGAAGUCCGCCGCCUGACUCAGAAAAUGAUCCAAGAAGAGCUGCAAAACGAGCAGCAGCAGCAGCAGCAGUUCUUGUAUCUCCAGCAACAGCGUCAACAGCGUCAACAGUACCAAAAGUUCCAGCAACAGUACUAUCACCAGGCACAGCCGCACCAGCCGCGCACCUACAAGAGAUCCUCCAUGUCCACCAUCAAAGAAGACCCAGCGGACAUCUCAAGUCUCGAUUUAACCCAUCCUCGCAAUACUGUGGCAGUCAUGGACGGCAGUGGGUACCGGACGUCUCUCGAGUUCGUAUUCACGCAGAGCCGCGAUGACCUGUCCGUCCCGCCCGCACUGUCCAACAAAGGCAAAGAGUCGGACACGUACCUCCUCCCAAAGCCGCCCAUGCUGCCGCCCUCCGUCUCAUCCAAGCACUUUGCAUCGCAGGCCGGAAAAGCUGGUCUGCCGGAGGGACCCGGCGAACGUAUUCAAGAUCAUGGAGGCGGUAAUCUGGGCAAAGAAUUCGGUGACUUCAUAUCAGCCUCCUUUGCGACUGAUCCUUCGGCAAGACGCCCUCUUCCUGAAGGGGCCUUGUCUUUUGUACCGACCUCAACGCAAGCCACAGUGGCCGCUGGAGUAACGACUGGAACAACUGGGAAGACCGUGGCCUCCAGCACUCAUGUGGCCGAACCAGGUCAGAAGAGCCUCCGCGUCAAGCACGUUGCAUCAAAUGGUGGUCCGGCCCAGAAGAAUAGCAAGGACAAGAUAAAGGGCCAACAAGAUGACGCCGACAUUUCUGAAACAGCACAGGCCGUAUCGGACUCUCUCAGCUCUAUGGAUGAGGACGGCAGUAUCCACGAAGCUCGUAAGGCCCGCAUCGUCGUGUCCGGCCGAGCUCGCAAUACUUCCAAUUAUAUCGGUAGCACGGACGACGCCGUCGAAAAGGCCGAAGCGGAUACCUUUAUCGCCACGCAUAAAGAUUCCCCUCUUCUGACUGCCGUGGCCAGAUUCAGGAAAAGCAGACGCAAGACCUCUGAGUCGUCGUAUGUUAGUACUCUGGAUCUUCCUCCGCCGCUCGUCAACGACUUGUCCAACUCAAACAACUCGGCUGCCGCUCAAGCCGAAACCAUUGCCUCCAAUGACGGUGCCCAGCAAGCUUCGGAGCUUUCAUGCAUUGAGCAAAUCCCGCAAUCGAAGUCGGUUGCGUCCGUCGACAAGACGGUCGCUGCCUCUGUUGCCUCGUCUGGUGCCCAGUUUGACAGUCAGCGCAAGGAGAACACCAACCAUGACGAUAAAGACUCCAUCUCCACAAAGUCACAAUACCAUUCAAUGUCGGGUGCCUCUCUCAAAAAUGGUGUCAAGGAAAAGCCUGCUUCUCAGAGCGAACCAGCUUCCAUGAUGUAUGGAUCGUCCCGAGCCUCCGCCCGUGCGACUUCAACCGACAUUGAUAAAAUGGCAAAGGAGUGGCACAGACAACUGCAAAAUCUCGACCAUAACAGUCCUCUUCGCAGUGGAGCCACUGCAACCACGCAGAGAAGAAGCAUGUCAGACACCUAUCCAUUGAGCCACCAACAGUCAGGCUUCCGGGAUCUACCGCCGCCGGCUUCUAUCAUGGGCCCUUGGAGUGACAACCAAGCUCAUAACACCGGUGGAAAACCAGGCAUCCGCCGCCAAGCGUCCUCGCUUCAUGCGCAACAAUUGUCUGACUCGUGGUGGGCAGAGCCGAGCUGGAAAGAGGGGCUCGAGAACAAUAAAGCAACUGAUCCAGUGAAGACAACGGGUCAAGGUGCCGUUCUUCCACCCUCCAAAGAAGAUUCUGUCACUUUGCCUCGAGAGGCGGUGGGUAACGACGUCCAACCGCCGGAGCCUGAGCCAUCCUACUCCAGAGUUUUCUCAAGUGGGAUCGAGAAAGCCAUCCUCGCCGGUAUCAAGAAAGUCAUGUACCGAAAGCAGAUGUCAACGCCAUCUCUCACCACCCUCACACCUGCCGCCGCCGUUUCAAGCCGAUCCCUCGGCCCAGAACGCGCUACCGCAACUACUCAUUCCAAGGCAUCCAGCUUAAAACUUGAAAGGAGUACGCCCGAGUCUCGGGCCAUGGGAACGUCAGAGGAGAAGAUUGCUACUUCAGCUGCAUCUGAGACGCCAGGCCUCAAGGACGAAGUUGUGAUACAGGGCAUUGAUAGUAUAUUUGGUGUUUUGGUGGACAUGGAAAGCAACCAGCGAACGAUACCCACGACCCCCGUGAAACCUAAACAGGUAAAUAAUGCGGAUGGUUGCGCUGCGCUACCAGAAAGCGACAUCGCAUCCCCGGAAACAGUGCCCUCCACACCCAUUGCCAAUGCAUAUGCAGAGAUGCGAGCAUAUAUUUCUGCCGUUCUCCCGAGCACGCCCGCCCCCAAAUUCGAAGACCUGGAACUCCACAACAGCCCCUGCUCGUCGCACCAAGAGUACCAAGAGUACCAAGAGACCGCUUCCCAUCAAAGCAGCGACGCCGUUCAUGCUGUGGCACAGGCAAACGCUCAAGUCACAACUCAGAAGUCAGCGGACUCCAUGUCCGUCAAGAGUGAUUCGGCUCCGGUCAAGAAAGUAGCCGAGUUCGAUACCGCAUCGGCCAAAUACAUGACGUGGAGCGGGCAUACUAAGCCGAAGACACCGUUACUGACGCGCACGGUUCAAUCCGGUGACGACCUUGAAACCAUCUUCCAGGGCAGGAAGGAGAACAGAAAGUCAUUCCAAGGCCGCACUCUGCAACCAGCUUUGAAGCAGAACUAG